GUCGUUGGCGCAAACUCAGAUCAUGACCUGUUUAGUCGGAGCUGACGUCUGAGUCAAAGUGCGUCUCUGUUUGGGUUGUGAACGUGUCGCGUCCAGAAAGGAAAGAUGUCCAUCGAUCCGUCUCCAUAUACAGCGUUGGACAGGUCUUUGCUGCGAAAGAAAAUGGGCUCAUCUGCAUCGAAGGAGAAGUGCUACGAUCCCAAAGACUCGACGCUGAAAUUUGUCGAUGGAGAUGAUGAUAUGGACUUUUUGUGCGAAGGCUUUAAAUCGCGAAGAGCGCAGAUGUCCUGCGGUCACACGGUGACCCCGAUGUCUCUCACUAAAUGGUGUCUGCAGCAGCUGGAAGAGGGAAAAAGCAAGUUUUCGUGUGGUUCCUGUAAAGCUGCGUGGCCUUUUGAGGAGGUCUGCAAGAUGGCUCUCCUGACCCCUGAAGAAAAGAAGAACUUUGAGAAAAUGAUGAAGAUCAAUUCCGCUGUUAGCAGAAAAUGUCCUGGAUGCAAGUCUUUUGUUGUUAAACAAGAUGAACUUAACCUUUGCGUCAGCUGCACAGCCUGCACAGAGAAGAAAGGACGCCCGUAUGAAUUCUGCUGGCAGUGUCAGAGGAAGUGGAAAGGUCCGAAGCCGCGUUCGGACCGCUGUGAGAACGACGGCUGCAGCAACACGGCACUGCAAACCCUGAGGACCUGCCCAGAAAUCGUCUUCGACACGGUGUGGGGAAUCAGCGGGUGUCCCUCCAUCCGGGCCUGCCCCACCUGCGGCUCACUGCUGGAGCACAAGCGAAACCACUGCAAACACCUCUACUGCGCUCGAUGCGAGGUCAAGUUCUGCUUUGUGUGUCUGAAGACUUUUGCUGAAUGUUCGAAAACAAGCCACAUAUCAGGGCCGUGCUCCAGCGGCGUCGCUCCCAGACAGACGGAGAUCCCCGUGUGGAGAAAAACCUAACGCUUCGCCCACAGAGUCCAGCACUUCCGUUUGCCUGGGAUUAAUCAGCGCCAAUGUGGCCAAAGGUAUUUAAAGAACCGUCUCUUGGAGACAGACAGUAUUUCUGCUCAGGAAUGUCAGAACGUUGGAAAUAUUGAGCAGAAACAAUUUAAAAGAUAAAACCAAAACCUGGAAUCGUUUGUUUCAGAAUCACCAUGGAUUCAUGAUUAAUACUUUUGUAAGUAUUAAUACUUGCAACAGUAUUAGUGUUCUACAAAUCUUUCCACUUUUGUCACUUCCACAGUCACUGCAAUGUGGUUUCGUGGCGUUUUAUGUCAUAAACCAACAAAAUGUACCCAUAAAUGUGGUGUGGAAGAGAAAUGAUAAAUGAUUUACAGUCUUUUUUUUAUUAUUCAAACAAAACAGAACUGUACAACGUUAACGUUUUGUUUCUUCUCUAUAAGUUUGCAAAUUAAUGGAAUUUAUUUUCGUGCUUUUUUACACGUCCAAAAUAUUACGCAAUAAAUUAUUUAAUUAUUGUUAUGCU